CUCGUCGAGAUCGAUAAUCCUUUCGCUAUCCCUCGAAAAUUUCAGUCAUGUCUGAGCUAUGCGUGGAGGCCCACGAUCUGCGCACGACGCUGUUGUCCUCCGGUAUCUGUGUUGGCCUUAUCAUUAGCUACCUGCCGCAAUUCAUCAGGAUCGUAAAAGCCAAGACAUCCGAGGGAUUCUCACCAUGGUUUCUGCUAUUGGGAGCUACCUCUUCCUCGUCCGGAAUGCUGAAUAUCUGGAUCUUGCAAUGGCCUACCAUCCGAUGCUGUCGCGUAAUCAGAGAAUCGUCGUGCUUUGAGCAAACAUUGGGAAUAGCUCAGGUGACAUUACAAUGGGCUUGCUUCGCUUUCCUGUUCGUGCUAUACAUCGUAUACUUCCCGACUCAUCGAAAGUAUGUACAAGUAGUACCUGAGGGACAGGAAGAAGAAGACGAAGAAACCCCUCUAGUUCGUCGCGAUACCAAAAUUGGGGUCAUCGCCACGCCUGAAUGGAGAUUGGCGGUGACCCUGAGCAUCGUCGUCCUCAUCUACCUUUCACUAUUCACGCUCUUGACGGUGGCCUCCCUGAUACUCCUUCCCAACUCGCCGCCCCACCCGCUGCUGUACAAGUACGCACAAUUCCUCGGCAUCACUUCCGCCUUCCUUACCUUCUUCCAGUACGCACCUCAGAUUACUACGACUUUCCGCUCCGGUGUCGUCGGCGCCCUGAGCAUCCCGAUGAUGCUCAUUCAAGUUCCUGGGAGUGCGAUGUUCGUUGGUAGUUUGGUCGGGAGACCCGGAGUGGAAUGGAGCGCUUGGCUGUCGUAUGCAUUUGCCGGUACCAUGCAAGCGGUACUGCUCUUCAUGUGCUUGAUCUUCCGGGCUCGUCAGAGGAAACUCGGCCAGGAUGACUUUGGGAAUCCUUUGUCAGUCGCCAUUGACGAAGUCGAUCGUGAGGAUUGACAAGCCUGCGAGGUGGGUUUCGAAUUAAGGGACGACAUGGAUAUUAUAACGCCAAACAUCUACAAAACAUAUUACUGAUUAAAGGGUACAAAAUUUCCAGAUCCUAUAGAUUUGUACGGGCAAGAACGGUUGUACCUCCUGGUGUCGAAUUGAUUCGAUGGCUAAAGCCCUUGUGAUACCGUUUUGGCUCACUUUCCGCAUCCUCUCACAUAUCGGC